UCACCGCUUGAUGUCUGCCCUGGGAUCCACUGCUUUUGCUGGCCAUUUUUCCAUUUUGUUGGACGGAAUAGAGCGAUGGAGAGGAGAAGAGGUGGGGAGCCGGGGAGCAAGAGUGUGGUCCGAGAAGUGGUGCAGUGGGUGGGGCUUUGGACGCUUACGCAUGAGGUCCUGAAUUUGUGCACAGCAGCCGUGUUCCAGAGUGACGUGUAUAAGACCUUGUGUCCGCAAGGGGGUGCAGUGGGUAAAGCACUGGACUCUUCAGCUGGAGGCCCGGUGUUCGAUCCCCGACAGCGCGUGUGCCAGAGUGACGUCUGACUCUCUGUCUUCUCUAUCGUUAAUAAAUUGAUAAAGUGCUAAACACAAAUAUGAUAUUAAAAGAAGAGAGGGUGGGAGUUAACGAGAGAUGCCUACAGCCCUGCUUCACCACUUGUGAAGCUUUACCCCUGCAGGUGGGGACCAGGGGCUCGAACCCAGGUCAUCGAGCGGGUCCUGUGCUUGGUACUGUGUGCGCUUAACCAGGUGCGCCAUCUCUCGGCCCUCGGCCUGUGAGUCUCUAUUUCAGGGUUACAAGCAUCUAAAGGGAAGUGUCAGAGGCCGGGUGGUGGCGCCCCUGAUGGAGCACAGGGCACAGGGCGCAAGGACCCGGGUUCAAGGCCGUGGGCCCCACCUGCAGGGGGCUUUGUGAGAGGUGAAGCAGAGAUGUCUCUGUCUGUCUCCUCCUCAGUUUCUGGCUGUCUCUGUCAGGUGAGUAAACAAAGCAUCAGGCAGCCAUGCGGCCACUCGGGUUCUGUCCCCAUGGCUCUGUGGCCGUGUCCUGCGUGACGUGACCCAUGACCCUCCCAGCCGGCCGACGCUUCUGGCAGGAGGCUCUGCGUUGGGUUUCCUUGCCGCGUGUUUCUGCGGAGCCACGUGGCGAGACGAGAGAGGCUUUGUCCACCCAGCGGGUGCAAGGCGAGAAGCGCAUCCUGCGUCUCCUCCCCGUGGUCCCGGAAACCCGGCCUGGGGGUGGCGGUCGGGUGGGUUGGAGGUGCUCACCGUGCCCGAGGCCAGGGCCCCGACCCCCCCUCGUCUGCAGGCCUGGCGGGUCAUCUGUGACGCGUGCUCCCCUGGGUCCCCACGGCUGCAGGUGCCACCCUCACAGCCGCACUCUCCCUCCAGCUCUGAGUCCCCUGGACUCCGCCGGGCAGGAGGAGGAGGAGCCCCCUGAGCACGGCAGGACCACAGAGCGCCCAGCAGCCCGCGGCCAGGAGCCGGUGACCUUUUGGGAUGUGGCCGUGGACUUCAGCCAGGAGGAGUGGGGGCAGCUGGACCCUGUUCAGAGGACGCUGUACCGGGACGUGAUGCUGGAGACCUACGGACACCUGCUCUGUGUGGGGAGCCAGACCGUGAAGCCCAAGGUCAUCUCCCUGCUGGAGCGAGGAGCAGAACCCUGGCCGGUCGGGCAAGCAGCUGCUCCAGGGUCUUGUCCAGAGUGGAUGAGAAAUCUUGAAAGCAAAGCACUGCUCACACCACAGAAUGCUUUUGAGGAAGAACAAUCCCAUAGCAUGAGAUUGGAAAGAUACAUAUGGAAUGAUCCUUGGUUCUCCAGGUUAGACGUUUUGGGAUGUAAGGAUCCAUUACAAAUGUGCCACAUGAACCAGAGUACAGCUAUGAGGCAAAUGGUCUUCAUGCAGAAGCAAGUUCUGUCUCAGCGAGGCUCUGGAUUCUGUGAACUUGGGGCAGAGUGUAGUCCGAGUUUCAAGUUUGUACCAUCUCAGAGAGUUUCUCAAAUAGAACAUUUCUAUAAGCCUGACACAAAUGCUGAAAGUUGGAGCUGUAACUCAGCCAUAAUGUAUGCUGAUAAAAUUAACUGUGAAACUAACCACUAUGACAAAGUCUUCUGUCAGUCCAUGCAGCCUCUUCAAGCUGCAAGAAUACAAGCUGGAGAUGAUCUUCUUAAAUAUACCGAUGCUGCUAAAUCUUUCAAUCAUGUGCUGCAUUUUGGUGACCGUGAUCGAAUGCAAAGGGGAGAAAAAUUCUAUGAAUACAAGGAAUGCCAUCAAAUCUUCAACCCACAAUUGAGUGAAGAUCCAAGACUUCAUAAUGGAGAAAAUCAGUAUGAUUGCAAAGAAUAUGAGAAUAUAUUUUAUUUCUCUUCCUUUACAGAACAUCAAAAAAUUGGAACUGUAGAGAAAACACGUAAGUACAACGAAUGGGAGAAAGUCUUUGGGUACGACUCAUUCCUUGCUCAGCAUACAAGCGCUUAUGCUGCACAACAACCCUAUGGAUAUAAUGAAUGUGGAACAUCUUUCAUCUGGAGCUCUUACCUUAUCCAGCACAAGAAAACUAAUGGUGGAGAGAAGCCUUAUAAAUGUGAUCAGUGUGGGAAAGUGUUUAGGAAUCGUUCAGCUCUUACUAAGCAUGAGCGGACUCACACUGGAAUAAAACCCUAUGAGUGUAAUAAGUGUGGGAAAACCUUCAGCUGGAAUUCUCAUCUAAUUGUACACAAGAGAAUUCACACAGGAGAGAAACCUUACGUUUGUAAUGAAUGUGGCAAAUCUUUCAACUGGAACUCCCAUCUUAUUGGACAUCAAAGAACUCAUACUGGAGAGAAACCUUUUGAAUGUACAGAAUGCAGGAAGUCCUUCAGCUGGAGCUCCCACCUCAUUGCCCAUAUGCGAAUGCACACUGGAGAGAAACCCUUUAAGUGUGAAGAGUGUGAUAAAGCUUUUAGGGAUUACUCAGCCCUCAGCAAACAUGAACGAACUCACUCUGGAGCAAAACCAUACAAAUGUACGGAGUGUGGGAAGUCCUUCAGCUGGAGCUCCCACCUCAUUGCCCACCAGAGAACCCACACGGGAGAAAAGCCCUAUAACUGUCAGGAAUGUGGCAAAGCCUUCAGAGAACGCUCAGCCCUCACUAAACAUGAGAUCAUUCAUUCUGGAAUUAAACCCUAUGAAUGCAACAAGUGUGGGAAAUCGUGCAGCCAGAUGGCCCACCUUGUUAGACAUCAGAGAACACACACGGGAGAAAAGCCCUAUGAGUGCAACAAGUGUGGGAAAUCUUUCAGCCAGAGCUGCCACCUUGUUGCUCAUCGAAGGAUUCACACUGGCGAGAAGCCUUACAAGUGCGGUCAGUGCGACAGGUCCUUUAACUGUAGUUCUCACCUCAUUGCACACCGGAGAACUCAUACUGGAGAGAAGCCCUAUAGAUGCAGCGACUGUGGGAAAGCCUUUAACGAGAGCUCCUCCCUUAUUGUGCAUCUGAGAAACCACACUGGAGAAAAGCCCUACAAAUGCACGCACUGUGAGAAGGCUUUCUGUAAGAAUUCUUCUCUUCUUAUCCACCAGAGAAUGCACAGUGGAGAAAGACACUUCAUUUGCAGUGACUGUGGAAAAGCCUUCAGCGGCCACUCAGCCCUUCUUCAGCACCAGAAAAUUCACAGUGGAGAGCACGUCUCUGAAUUGAGUUGAGAAAGGAUUUUUAUGUUACUGUACAUCCACUAACACUGAAAGCCCCUACAGGUGUUAACUGACAGGGGAACUGUGUUAGGUAACAUUUCUUCACUGAUUAUUGAAUAGGAAAUAUUUGCCUAACUGAAACUGGUUAGUUAAAAAUAACAGGUAAAAGCAUCCAGAAGUUAGGUAGCCCUUAUUUAACACCAGAUAAUCAAGGUGAAUGCCAAACUCCUCUUGUACAGUCCCAGUAGUCCUAUUUGAGGUACUUGAAUGCAGAGAAUGGGACUUAAUAAUGGCUUCCAGCUGUUCAUGCAUCAGAGUGCAUUGUUGAGUUUUAAGUGAAAACAGUUUUACUUUGAGAUGCAUAAUGGAAGAACAGAAUUUACUGUUAGUGGGAGAGGAGCUGGGUGCCCUUUAAGGAAUCGAAUAUGAGAUAGUAAACUGAUUUUAAGAAAAAAUAGUAUUGGGUGGUAUAUUUACUGUUGCUCAAAAGUAACUUUAGGAAGUAUUUAUAGAUGAGGUUACUAAUGGUGGAAAGACGACAGCCUAGAUGUAUGAGGCUGAUGUUGGAACAAGGUAACUGUCUAUUCAUGUCCCUCAGUUGCUCAUUGCUGCACUGUUGGGCAGAUAGUCUGUAGUUUUAGGCAAUCACUGUAAAUUACAACUAGACUGCAGCAGUAUAAAUAACAAAAGGGUAGAAAGGACACAUAGUUGUAUAUACAUAUUUAAUAUAACACCUAAAAAUGUAUAUGGGAAAGGACUGAAGAGAUCCAUGGAGAAAUUGGCCCAGUUAAUUAGAUAUUUAAAAAAAAAAGUUUCACAAACAGCUUUUACCAUGUGCAGACUGUUAAAUACAUCUCCAUUUUUGAUCGGUCCAUUUCCUACCUACUGUUGCCCACAUUCUACAAAAACACUGAGGCAUUGAUGCUCAGAACCCACCUAAGGACUCACAGCUAUUAGAACUGAGGCUUUUUUUUUUCCUUCAGAUUUCAUGUUUCUAACCCUAAUCUCAUGCUUCCUCUCUAAGGACCUCCCCUCAACUUUCUUGUGUUUAUAGUGUUUCUGUAGUAGGUACUUGAUAAUAAAGGCCAAGACGUUUCUAAACAAGAAGGAAAAUUA